AUGCUGCUGCUGAGCGUGGGCGCAGGCGGUUCUGGGUAGAGCCGGGUCGCGAGACUGUGCCGCGCGCGCCUCUCGGCCUCCAGCGCAAGCUUAGUCCCACGCGCUUCCCAGCCCCCGCCGCGCCCCUCGAAGGAGUCGCGGUCGCCGGAGCCACCCGGGAAGUCCGAGAAGCUGCUCGCACCUCGGCCUCCAGCGCAAGCUUAGUCCCACGAGCUUCCCAGCCCCCGCCGCGGCCCUCCGAGGAGUCGCCGUCGCCGGAGCCACCCGGGAAGAAGUCAGAGAAGCUGCGCGCGCACCUCGGCCUCCAGCGCAAGCUUAGUCCCACGCGCUUCCCAGCCCCCGCCGCGGCCCUCAGAGGAGUCGCGGUCGCCGGAGCCUCCCGGGAAGUCAGAGAAGCCGCGCGGCCGUCGUAACCGCCAUGCCGAAGAAUAAAGGCAAAGGAGGUAAAAAUAGACGCAGGGGGAAGAAUGAGAACGAAUCUGAAAAAAGAGAACUGGUGUUCAAAGAGGAUGGGCAAGAAUAUGCCCAGGUAAUCAAGAUGUUGGGAAAUGGACGAUUAGAAGCGAUGUGUUUUGAUGGUGUGAAGAGAUUGUGUCACAUCAGAGGGAAACUGAGAAAAAAGGUUUGGAUAAAUACCUCAGACAUCAUAUUGGUUGGUCUCCGAGACUACCAGGAUAACAAAGCUGAUGUGAUUCUAAAAUACAAUGCAGAUGAAGCAAGAAGUCUAAAAGCAUAUGGCGAGCUUCCUGAGCAUGCUAAGAUCAAUGAAACUGAUACAUUUGGUCCUGGAGAUGACGAUGAAAUUCAGUUUGAUGACAUCGGGGAUGAUGAUGAAGACAUCGAUGAUAUCUAAAUUGAACCCAACAUUCUACAUUCCAGUUUUUCAGAAGAUUGUCCUACAGUAUGGAUUUUGGCCAUAACCCACCCUCCAAGAAGAAGUUUUCAUUAGCAUGACUGUAAUUUAUUAAGGCAGUUUGAUUUCGUUCUAAGGUAUCUGUUUCUGUAAAAACUGUUAAAUGUUAAGCCCACUUCAUUCUUUUGCUGUAAUGGAGCUCACGGGUAGACCACAUGUAUUUCAAAAAUAGUGCAUUACUGCCUUUCCUGCUCUGACCACUCCCAGUUAAGUAAAUGGGUGUUUUGAAUUAAAAAAAAAGGUGAAUGUAAUGACCUCAGAAUUGGGUUGACGCUUUGUAAGUCAUGCAGAUGCUAAAAUGGCCUCCAUUUUAGUUUUGGUAAAGGAAGCUUGUGGAGUUUUUUCCCUUCCCACUCAAAGAUACAGGGCUCUUUAAAGGUUGGAAUGAGUAUGUAAGAAAGGUGGGACUUUCUGUUCUGACACAGGAAAUGGAAAAUCUCUGCCUGAAGAAUGGAGGGAAAAUGUAACCAAGAAAAACAAAAGAAUGUUCAAGGUGAGGGUGGAAGCAGAGGGCAUGAAGGGCUUGGUGAUAAAGACAGAAGGACAAAAGUUAAUUAAAACAGCUCUGCCCUCCCUUCAGUCACCCCAGAGGCUGAGACUGUAUCUGGGGAGCACUUCAGGGCCUGUGUUGAGUUCCAGCUCAGCUUAAUAAAAGACAUGAGUCAGUCUGGGAAGGGAACUGAGCAGCUACAAUAGGUGUAAUUACAAAGGAAAUGUUAGACACAGCACAGAUUCGGAGGAGUAUGAUUGGCAGUGAUAUUUAAUAAUUGACUUGGACUCAUUAAAAAAGAGAAGGAAAAGGGAUUCUUGAAGGCACUGCUUUAGACUGAGCCAGGAAUUAGUAUUUUCCACAAUGCCAAAUCUCACUAAACUUUUCUAUACAAGGGUUUGGGUUUUCCUCUGAAGCUAUUGGUCAGGCGCCUCAGUACUCUGAUGUCAGGAAGGCAUCUCACAGACUAACGCCCGGACACAGCUGCUUUUGUUUGGAUGAGUGUCCUCCAAAAAGCCUGUGUAUUAAAGGCUCAGCCCUUGGCACUAUGGUGGGGGGUGCUUUAAGAGGUAGGGCCUUGCUGGGCAUGGUGGUGCACCCCUAUAAUCCCAGCACUUGGCAGGCUGAGGCAGGAAGACUGCUGUGAGUUUAAGCUCAGCCUGAGCUAGAGAAACCUUGUCCAAAAAAAAAAAAAAAGGGCCAGGGAUUUAGCUCUGUGGUUUUGCCACCUGCCUCGCAAGCCCAAAGACCUGAGUUCGAUCUCUGGAACCAAAAAAAAAAGGGGGGGGGGCCUAGCGGGAGGAAGUUAGGUCAUUGGGGAUGUCCCCUUGAAAGAGAUUCUGGGACUCUGGCUUCUCCUUUUUUGUUGUCUGCUUCCUGGUCACCAUGAGGUAUGCAGCUUUGCUCUGCUGGAUGCCCCCCAAUUUGAUGUAUUGCUUCAUCACAGGAUCAAGGGGGAAGGAAGCCACCCAACCAGGUUCUGAAAUCAUGAGCCAAAAUAAAGUAUUCCCCUUUUUAGUUGA